AUGGAUAUUGCAACAACAACAACAGAUUCUCAACAAUUAUUUAAUUCUCUUCAAUUAUCUUCAUUUGAACCAAUUAAAAAAAUUAAAAAACGGUUUAAUUGUAAAUUAUGUGGAAGGAAAAGGAUGUAUUUUUGUUAUAAUUGUCGGAUUUAUAUUGAAAAUGUUGGUGAUUUUGUGCCUAAAGUAAAGUUACCUUUUAAUGUGGAUAUUAUAAAGCAUCGUUUGGAACGUGAUGGAAAAUCUACAGCUGUUCAUGCUGUUUUGUUAGCACCAGAACAAACUAAAAUUUUUGAUAAUUUUGUUGAUGUGCCUGACUACGAGUUGAGGCCAGGAACUGUAAUUUUAUGUCCAUCAAAAUAUUCAAUUCCUAUCAAUCAAUAUUUGUUAACUAAUGGAAAUAUAAACAAUUUAAUAGUUUUGGAUUCAACUUGGAAUACUAUUGGAACAUUAAAAAGUCUUCCACAAUUAAAUAAAUUGCCUUGGAUUCAUUUAUCUAAUUAUUCUACUGAAUAUUGGAGACCUCAAAAAGGGCUUUCUUCAGGUUUUUUUUUAAAUAAAAAUUUGAAUGGGGUUUGGUUAGGUUGCGUAGAAAUGGAAGAUUAUUUUAAAUUAUUUUUUGAUGAUUUGCGGACAAAUUUUGCGGAUUUUGACUUGAAAUUUUAUUGA